AUGAUUCCUGGCUCUGAUGAUGUCUAUGACAGGACGGACGAAGGCUCAGCACGGAUUCAUCGGGGUCGUAAGACUUUGAGCCAGGGUCUUCUUGGCACGAUUAAACAGACAAAAGUCCAAGGCAACCCUCCUGUGGUAUCCGUUCAGGCCAAUCUCCGAAUCCCUUCGACCCGGCUUCUCAACCGAAAUGAAAAGAGUCGUGUGCCUCUCGAACCAUCUGUUCUUCAUCCGAAUCCCUCCGAGUAA